AUAUAUAAGAGGUUUUUUGUGAUCACCUUCCUGGGGUCUAUCCUAUGGAUCGCCAUCUUCUCCUACCUCAUGGUGUGGUGGGCACAUCAGGUGGGAGAGACCAUAGGCAUCUCAGAGGAGAUCAUGGGCCUAACCAUCCUAGCUGCAGGAACGUCCAUCCCUGACCUCAUCACUAGUGUUAUUGUGGCCCGUAAAGGACUGGGGGAUAUGGCUGUGUCCAGUUCUGUGGGCUCCAACAUCUUCGACAUCACCAUGGGCCUGCCAGUCCCGUGGUUAUUGUGGUCGUCGUUCCAUGGUUUUGCUCCGGUGCCCGUCAGCUCCAAUGGUCUGUUCUGUGCCAUUGUGUUGCUCUUCCUCAUGCUCCUCUUCGUCAUCAUCAGUAUUGCUGUGUGUAAGUGGAGGAUGAACAAGAUGCUGGGAUCUACCAUGUUCUUUCUCUAUUUUGUCUUCCUGGUGCUGAGUGUUCUGCUAGAGGACAGAGUUAUCAUCUGUCCUGUGUCCAUCUGACACUUUUGUCUUCCUGGUGCUGAGUGUUCUGCUAGAGGACAGAGUUAUCAUCUGUCCUGUGUCCAUCUGACACUUUUGUCUUCCUGGUGCUGAGUGUUCUGCUAGAGGACAGAGUUAUCAUUGAUGGAAUUUAUUUGACAAUUUGUCAAAUACAUAUGGGCGCUUCAGCCGGUGACACCUCCACAAAAUAGUUUGCUUCAUAACAUGAGAUAAUUAGUACAAUUUCCUAAUAAACAUUGAGUGCACACACACAAACACACACCCAAACAUACACGCACACACACAAAUGCAUACACACACACACACACACACACACACACACAGAAACAUACACACACCUGCUGGAGGAUCAAGUCAUUAUAUGCUCUGUUUCCAUCUGAGACUGAUGUGUGAGGCCUCUCUUUUGGGGCUGAUUGUGUGAGGCCUCUCUUUUGCAUGGUGUCUGACCAGAUGAGUCUACAGGCAUGGUUCCAAAUUAAAUAGAUACUUCAGUUUAAAGAAAGUCACUAACUAGCAUUUGCGAGUAGAUACCAUAGGCUUCCAGUCAUUGCGCUAACACUAGUUAGCGUUGGCUCACGGAACUACCUCUAAUUUUCUUCAUGUUGGAUGCAGAGACAUACAGAUGGUAUGCAUGAGUUCAUCUGACUCUGAGGAAGUACAUAAAGUGCUUCUUUGCCAACAUCCAGAAGUAUCCCUUCAACAUUUUUCAUUGGUAGCACUGGUGCUCCCAACUUUAAAAUGUUAGGAGCAACACAUGAAACUUAGAAGCACCAGAAAACAGGAUGUGUUUGAUUCAGAGAUACAGCCUAUAUUAGGCUUUUAUAUGUGUCCUAGAAACUAAUAGGUAAAGAAAUGUGUUUAUUAUCAAAUGUUGAUAUUAAUACCUGUUAUUGACAUUACAAAAGUUAUUUUUCAAAUAUUAGGUUUCUGCAUUGUGUAAAAGCACAAUUUUCCUAUUGAGAUACAUUGAAUUGGAAAUUGUACACUGUCCCUUUAAACACUUCAGGUUUGUGAUGACAACAUGUAAGAGAUCUGUCAUUCAUUCAUUGCUGUGAUCCUUGACCUCCUGAAGAAGAUAUCCCCUUCCUUUCUUUCUGUGUCCCCAGAUGUUCGGAUAUACUGGUGAAGUUACCAGGUUGUUAGCUAGCCAAUGAGGUAACAUUACUGAACAAAGUAUAAACAAGUGGUUAACGACGCACAAGUAGUUUUAGAAUGGCCCAAAACAUAAUUUCAGAAUGUAAAAUGUGGUCCCUGAGAUCCGCUAUAGACAAUCCGCUAUAGACAAGUUGGUUGUUUCGCAACAAAACCGACUCAUGCCCAAAUAUGGGGCAAAACAGACUGGGUUGACUUAGAUUGUUGACAACAUGUUAACAAUAUUUAGUCUCCAAUGUUUAUUGAAAACAUAAAUGAAGCUAGCUACCUAGCAAAUUUGAGCCAUAUUACAAUAGACACCUCUAUUAGAAAACACCUCAAAACAAGAUCAAACUAGCUGAACGAGUCACUUACUAUUCGCCACGUGGCAGCUUCUCGUCAUUGUAGCUAGCUGUCUGGCCAUCCAGAACCAUAACAACACAUUAAGCUAUUCACUUUAUUGUACAGUAGAAGAUGUUUUAACUCAGACAGCUUUUAGGGAAACACGUGUGACAUUCUCUCGUUGGGUUAAACCACAGAAGAUAUUUUGACCUGGUUGGGCUAGAAGCAGGCCGUUUUCUCUGUGGUAAUGAUUUAACCAUGGCGCUAACUAAUCUGUUCUCACUUUGUUCUCUCUAACUAUGGUACAGAGAAGCCUGAUCAUUACAAUUAUUAUCUGGGGGAUUCUUUUCCUAGUCGCUCCCAAAAUAAAACUACUGGUCAUACAACAAAAUAUUUCAUAUGCCACCAAACUGGUCGCACUUAACAGCCCUGUCUCUGUCCGGCUCGAUGGACCUUUGAAUGCAUCAUUGAAAUAUCCCAAUCAUUUGAUUUCUAAAAGCUGUAGCAAUGUCUACAUUGAGUUGUUGGUGGAUUAUGACUAUCCGAGGCUCUCUGACUGGCAACACAGUCAACACAAUGUCAAUUGAGAUGUUGCCGAAUUUCAAAUCACUUAAAAAUGUCUGGUUUUGACUUUCAGAAAUGCUGACCUAAGUAUAAAGAAGUGCGAGUAGUGAAACGAGUUGUAUUAUUUAUUUUAUUAAUAAUAUAAUAUUAUUACCAACAAUUACUUUAUUGCUUUAAGUAAUGUGAUAAAAGUCCAAGUAGAAAACCAGUUGAAUAAUAGAUGUACGAUCUUCAAAAUAGUGUUUGCACAGGAAGCUAGGUAGACUAAGCCCCCAUGUGAAUUGGUUUCGAGCCAAAUGGUCAUAUUCCACAAAAAACAUAGCAGCGAAUAAUGCUGAAUAGUCUGAAAAGCUACUGUUCUCACUCAGUAUCAAGGUUAUUUACAUUUGUAUUCAGAUCCGAUUUCCUAUUUUAUAUUUAGUUUUAUACAAACAUUUCUAUUUCGUUUUCAUGUUAUUUAGUUUCAGUUUUAAUGUUAGUGUCACGUCUACUCCCCUCUGGAGUUUGACGUUGCCGGUUUACGAACCACCGGUCCUGGGGUCCAUCAUUACGUGCACCCACAUGUCAUCAUGAACCUCCAUUACCUCCCCUUUAUCCGUCACUCCCUUAGGUCCCCAGGCAGUAUGAUGCUGUGAGAUGAAGCUACUGUUAUGUUGUCUGGUUCUAUGUUUGUUGUUUUAUUAAACGUUUCGCCUGCUUCUCCA